GAGCGGGCGGGAUGCAGCGGGAGAGGCCGCGCGGCUCCGAGGCCCCCCCUGGGCGCGGGGCCUCCUUGUCGGCCCCGGGAGGCUCCAGCAGGAGCGGGAUAACCGGCUACGGUAACGGGGACGGUCGGCGGCCUGCCGGCCUUCCAGCCUCUGCGCCCGUGCUGGUUACAGGAAAGCAUUCGCCUCCUGCCGCUCCGCCCCCAAGCGGAGUCCAAAGGGGCUGACUUCCAUGAUGUUAAGAGGAGUCACUCACGCUGCAAAAGACACAUUCGCUCUUCUGUCGACAAGAUCUCAGCGCUGCAACCCAGGAUUGAUAUUUUCAUCAGUAUGGCCUGAAGUAGCAAGCAGGAGCUUCCUAAUACAUUCCAGUUACACAACCGAUACAAAGUCAAGAGAGGAAAAUAAAAAAACCAUUGAGAGUCUCUACAGUUUGUCAGUUGACAUUAAGAAGAUACGCAGACUGAAGGAAUGGGUCCUUCUCCAGGAUGUGGCCUAUGUUAAAGAAAUUGCUGGUAUCUUACAAGAAAUGGGAGCAGAUGAAACCGCUGUAGCCAACAUUUUAGAACGCUGCCCAGAGGCAAUUCUCCGCACCCCUGAAGAGAUAAACUCUCAAAGAGCUCUGUGGCAAUUAGUAUGCCAGAAUGAAAAACAGCUGAUUAAAUUAAUAGAGCAAUUUCCAGAGUCUUUUUUUACUACCAAAUAUCACCAGAAUCAGAAAGCAAACAUAACAUUUUUUCAAGAGCUAGGACUUAAGAAUAAUAUAAUCACCAGGUUCUUGACAAGCGCACCCAAUAUUUUUUAUAAUCCUGUUGAGAGAAACAAAAAUGUGAUAGAGACAUUACAAAGAAGUUAUUUAAAUUUAGGAGGUUCUGAAGCAAAUAUGAAGAUCUGGAUACUGAAACUAUUGAGCCAAAAUCCAUUUAUUUUAUUAAAUACCUCCACCACAAUCCAGGAGAACUUGGAAUUUCUCCAGAAGAAUGACUUCACUGACCAUGAAGUUCUACAGCUGCUGUCUAAACUUAAAGGCUUCAUUUUUCAACUUAAUUCUACUACUAUGCAGAAGAGUAUGCUUUUUUCCAAAAAUGUCUUUAAUUGCAGUGAUCAAGAACUAAAAGAACUAGUGCUGAAAUGCCCAGCCCUCCUCUACUAUUCUGUUCCAGUUUUGGAAGAAAGACUUGAAGGACUACUGAAGGAAGGAAUUUCUGUAGCACAGAUUAGAGAGACACCAAUGGUGCUGGAGUUGACAACACAAAUUGUUCAGUACCGAAUUAAAAAGCUCUCUGCACUAGGAUAUGAUGUAAAGAGUGGAAAUCUAGAAAGCUUGAAUGGUACCAAGAAAGAUUUUGAAGUCACUUAUGGUAAGAUACAAUCAAAGAAGGAAAGACCAAUUUUUAAUCCUGUUGCCCCUAUACACAUUGAAGAUUAAUUUGAAUGCUGUACUUCAAGUUAUGCAAAAUAAAAGUUGGUUUUUUGAGAUGAAACAAAAGUAAUCUUAACCA